ACGUUACAUUGGGGGCUGCGAGAGAGCAGUCAGUGAAAUGUGAUCGAACAAUGACAGCAGAGAGUUAAAGGGAAAACGAGUAUCAUCAUCACAGUAAUAUAACAAUAAUAACACAAAAACACUGCACCUCGCGGCAGCAUCGCAACGACACAAGAUCCUCUAUCUCACAACAGGGGAGAGAGUGGAAAACGAGCUAAGGUUGGAAAGAUUAAUGGAAGCAAAAACGAAAUAUUGUUGAUUUUUUUACCUGAUCGAAUCAGAUCAUUUUGUUUUGGGAUCGUCUGGAAAUAACGACGUCAGAAAAACAACGAAUCGUUGCUCUUUUUAAAAUAUUUUGUAUAUUUUUGAUAAAGGAAGAAGGUUGCGAUAUAUUAUACAUACAUGUUUGCGAACUGUACAGUUAGGUCGUCAUAACCACGGACCUACGCAGCAAAGUACGGUAGUGUGGAAAAAAGAAAGAAAAAAAAACAACACAAAGGAUUUUAAAUGGUUGAAGUAAUCUUGAUGGGAGGUUUUUAAUUGUCCUCACAUUUUCUCUUUUACGAAGCUUAAGUAAAGAGGCAAGGCCAUGCGUCCUGGAUUGUCUUGUUGGUCUGCUACAAUUUGCCCCUCUGUGAGGACAUCAGCAACAGCAUCAUCUUUUCCGUCAUGGCCGCACUGGAGGUACUGUUUGACUUUUUUAUACCUUUUGCAGCUUCAGUUCCAACAGUUGUCCUGUCGGUCCAUGGAAUGGCACACAGCCUUCGUCACCACAACAUACCUGGAUCCAGCCACCAACCUGACUGUCACAGAAAACACGGAGAGUGGCAGGUAUGGGGACAGUUCCCCCAAGGACAGCGUCGACGGUCAUGUGGGGAUCCCCAGAACUGUAAAGGACACUGAGGGCUGUGACCCUAACGCCGAGUACUAUUUACCAACCCGAGCUGGCUCACUCACUACAGAACCAUGGAUUGCACUGGUUGCCAGAGGCAAUUGUACUUUCAAGGACAAAGUAUUGAAUGCAGCUCGAAAAAAUGCAGCCGCAGUGGUCAUCUACAAUGAAGCAAAGUAUGGCAACGCUACCAUCCCUAUGUCCCAUAUUGGGACUGGAAACACUGUGGUCGUUAUGGUUGGCUACCCGAAGGGGAUUGAGAUUUUAGAGCUGAUCCGCAGAGGAAUCCCAGUCAAAAUGUCCAUAGCUGUGGGCACCCGCCACGUGCAGGAAUUUUUGAGUGGUCAGUCUGUUGUGUUCGUGACCAUCGCCUUCAUUGCAAUGAUGAUCAUCUCUUUGGCUUGGCUCAUCUUCUACUACAUACAGAGAUAUCUGUAUGCUGGAACACAGUUUGGAAACCAGAACAAUAGAAAGGAGACCAAAAAAGCCAUAAAUCAGCUCCAGCUGCACACUGUGAAACGAGGAGACAAGGAAAUAAACCUGGAUGCAGAGAAUUGUGCAGUCUGCAUUGAAAACUACAAACCUAAAGAUGUUGUCAGAAUUCUUCCUUGCAAGCAUGUUUUCCACAGGACGUGCAUUGACCCCUGGCUACUAGAUCACAGAACAUGCCCAAUGUGUAAACUUGAUGUUAUAAAAGCCCUUGGAUAUCUGGUGGACCCUGAAGAGGCCAUUGAAGUGACAGCCCCAGAGUCUCUGCCAGAUAGUGUGACUAUCAGGAGCCUGAGUGUUUCCCUACAGGAUGAUGUGGACAAUGAAGCCAGCAGCAGCAGUUCCCCUUCACACCAGACCCCGCAGGAUGACAGCGGGCCUGUGGAAGAAGCUGGGGAAUCAGUAGCUCUACUUGAUGACAAUCAGAAGUGUGAGGAUAACAGAGAAAAGACUCCUGAUCCUGAUGACAUCGCAGUCAUCUCUUGAACCACGACAAAGGAUACACAAAGACUUUGCUUCAAACCCCUUUCCUUGCUACUCAAAUCAAGGACCUUCCUUACAAUCCUGAUCUGAGACUUGCUUAGAUGUUAAGAGCUCCAAAUAAUAUACAAGAAUAUAUUUUAUGUAAUGCCACAUAUUAAGAAGAAAUGAUAGAUGUUUAACUACAGCUAUGGCCAAAAGUUUGGCAUCACCUAUAAUUUUUAGGGAUUGAGACAAUUAAAAAAAAACAAAAAAAAAAAAAAACUGUUUAGAUUUCAAAAUGUCACUUUUUUCAAUUUUCUAUUUUUUAAGUAUAUGGAAAACUACAAAGUGGUAUGUAAUUCAAUAGCUUAACGUAACAUUAUUCAGCAGGUUUCAUUCGACUUUAUGAAGCCAAAUUUGUUAAUUCUGUAGGCUGCUGCAAAACGUUUGGUUAUAGCUGUAGAAUAGUAUAAGUAAAACUUGUUUAAUUUGCUAAACCAACAGCAUCACACUGAGUUAUUGUCAUGCUUAUACAGUGAUUUGGCAUUUCAAAGCAGAUGGGUCAAAGUUUUAUACAAUUUCAGUGUGAGGGGUAAAAAAAUCUGAGCAUUGUCCUGCUGCAGUAAUAUAACAUCAUUUUUUUAAAGCGUCCGUGUUGCUUAAAAUUCUCUAGUAUAUGUAUAAACAUUUGUAUAAACAUUUUAGUUGAAAAAACUGCCAGCUUUCAAAUGUGUUUCGUCUCAGCCUGUUCCCUUUCAGCAACAGGACAGCUUGUUAGAACUGUCAGUGAUUUUAACAGAAGUCAUGUAGCCACUAUGAAUAUGUGUUCCCAUGUUUCAGUUAUAGAGCACUUACUUGCAUGACUGGAGAAUCACUCACCGUCGGGCAACAUGCUGACAGUUGUUGAGCAUCCUCCUGGGCAACAGCCAGUUUGUACCAAAUUAUGUGGUUUUGUGAUGUGGCCUUGUCUUUACACAAAGAACAGAUGUGGGUAAGAGCCUUGUGCAAGGUACAGUUAUUACUUUUUAUUAAAUAUAAAACAUGAGGGCACAAACAGUAGAUCAUAAAUUACUAGAUAUCUUCUCUGACCAAGAGGUAUAUGCCCCAAUAUAAAAAAUGGUGUGAAUGGCAGAAAAAAAAAAAAUCGCGAUCCAACAGUACAGUACUUUGGGAGAGGACGGUAUGAAUUAUUUCUAUUGGCUUCCUUAUCCAGCUAAUGCUAUACAUGAUUGUAUAUGAACAAGUAAUCCACAAGUUUGUAAGUGUGAAAAGACACAUUAUUAAAACAAAAAACAUAAAAACACUACAAAAAAACCCACUAUUGAUAAUGUGGGUCAAUAUACUAGUCAACCCGCCAUGCCAGAUUUUGUUAAUAAUUGAAGAGGCUGAUGGAGCAAAGUACUAUACUAUCCCUCAAGUUUGUGAUUUCAAGGUACAGGCAAAGUUCACGACUGACAGUUCUAAAUCUGGUUUAACCCAGUGGGUUGUAAAUACGGUCCAGCAUGCAAUUCUUUUUUUGAUCCAGGUUAGGGUUAACACUGUUCUUUCAUUUAACUCGAUAUUAAGUCAUUAGAAUUAUAAAGUUCCUCCACAGAGCAAUGAAAGUACCAAACAGUGGGCAAAAUCUGAGGACCACCACAGUGUAUAAAUUGUCAGCUAAAGCACACAUUACCGUAAUAUGGUUAACGUUUGUCUGAAGAGAAGAAGCUGCAAUUCUUGAGAUUAAAUUGCUGAAUUCCACUGUUUUUAAAAUGAACAGUGACACCCUUCAUUUUGCUUCAUAGACUUUGAUUACCUUCUAUAUAAGCCCAAUUCAAACCUACUUGUGUCUGUAACCGUGAUCUGUGCCUUGCAUACAUGGCAUUCCAGCUAUUUUAAUUUAGUACUGCUCUUCAUUCUUUAACCUUUUAUAUAUGGCUGUCCGUUUUAACUGAACACUGAAUACAUUUACUAUGGGCUGGCACAUCCAACAAUGCAUUUUGCAGACUGCUUUCUUGCAAGAAUUUGUUUCUAUGGUUUAGAUUCUAGAGAUGAUAAACAUUCAACCUACAGAUCAUCCAUAAAUGAUAACCCAAAACUUAGAUUCUAGAGAUGAUAAACAUUCAACCUACAGAUCAUCCAUAAAUGAUAACCCAAAACUUAGAUUCUAGAGAUGAUAAACAUUCAACCUGCAGAUCAUCCAUAAAUGAUAACCCAAAACUUAGAUUCUAGAGAUGAUAAACAUUCAACCUGCAGAUCAUCCAUAAAUGAUAACCCAAAGCUUUUACUCGGAUGAACAAAACAAUGAGGACUCAAUAAAUCUUCGGUGCAGGUGAACGUAUACAAGGUUUGCUUGGUCAUUGAGUUCCAUAUUUGUGCAUAUUUUAUACUGUACCUAAGAGAAAAAUAUGAAUGCAUAGAACCCUUUUUUAUUAAUAUUUCAGUAUCAAAUUCAAUAUUUUGGUGAAGAUACACUUUGAAUCGGUAUUAAACUAAUUCUGUUUUUUACCUAUGGUAUUGGAGCCUGUUGACCCUACUUGUAACAAGCUGGUGUUCCUGUUAUCUAAAACCUAAAUGAAGACUGGUUUUUAGCAGAUCCCAGUAACUAUUUGUCCCAUGCAGGUUUGCUUUGUGUUUGUUGUCUCCGAGAUUAGUGGGUGUAAUCUACAGUUAAAUUGCUCAAUAGUUGAUAGACUUCCAUUUAAAAUCUGGAUAUCAGGUGAUGCAAUGGCACAAAGGUGGGUACUGACCGUGUUGACUAAGAUGUCUCAAACUUUAGAAAAGCUGUAUUUUUAUAUAUAGAAACAUAAAGGUCUUACGACAUUAACCAGACUGUAAAUUGUGUACAAGCGCCACUACUCAGACCCAUAGAAAAAUAAUUUUGUACAGUGUGAAAUGUUUGGUCAAACUGUUCCUAAUCUGUUUACAUUUUAAUGAUCAAAUGACAUUUUGGUUUUGAUAAAAUGUAUUGUUGGAUUUCUUUUUUUUUUUGGUACUUAAGUGCUAAAAGUAAUAAUUGCAAAUUAACUGAAAGGGGUCAUUAAAGAUCUGGUGAAUUAAAA